UUUACACAAAAGUGCGUAUGACGUAGGAGGCGGACCAACACAACUGUAGCUAGAGCUUGAAAAAGCUCGCAGCUGUUUACAAAUAAGUGGAUAUAAUUCGUGCUUGUGCAUGGUUUUAAUAAUUAAGAUUUAAUUACGCUUUGCAAUGUCUGUCAACUAUGCUGCUGGACUAUCUCCCUACGCGGAUAAAGGAAUCUGUGGUCUCCCUGAGGUGUUCGAUGAUCCGGACGAGUUGCGAGCUAAAGUGGAGAAUUUGGCUCAGUUGAUCAGAGACUCGCAGUACAUGGUGGUGCACUCGGGCGCUGGAAUCAGUACCUCUACAGGCAUCCCUGACUUCAGAGGCCCGAAAGGUGUGUGGACGAUGGAGCAAAGAGGAGAGAGCCCUCAGUUUGACACUACUUUUGAAGACGCUAAGCCGAGCGUAACUCACAUGGCCCUGCUGCAGCUGCAGAGGUCUGGCUACCUCAAAUACCUCAUCAGCCAAAACGUGGACGGCCUUCACCUGCGCUCGGGUUUCCCCAGGGACCGAUUAUCCGAGCUUCAUGGAAACAUGUUCGUGGAGGAAUGUGAGAAGUGCGGCAAGCAGUAUGUGCGCGAAAAGGUAAUUGGGGUCAUGGGUCUGAAACCCACAGGGCGCUACUGUGAAAGCACUCGCUCCAGAGGACUCCGAGCAUGCAGAGGGAAGCUGAUCAGCACUAUUCUCGACUGGGAGGACUCGCUUCCUGAAAGAGAUCUGCACCGUGCAGAUGAGGCCAGCAGGCGAGCUGACCUGGCCCUUACUUUGGGUACGUCUCUUCAAAUUAAGCCUAGUGGUGACCUGCCUCUUCUGACCAAACGUACUGGAGGCAAAGUGGUGAUAGUGAACCUGCAACCAACCAAACAUGACAAGCAUGGCCACAUGAUCAUCCAUGGUUACGUGGAUGAAGUCAUGGGUCAGCUGAUGAAGCACUUGGGCCUAGAGAUCCCGGAGUGGGCGGGGCCAACGCUGUGCGAAUCCUCAGGUGGUGACGCAGACAUCCUGCCCUACGGCACCUGGAAAAAAGAAGUGAAGAUCGAACUGAAGAUAGAGGAAAAGAAAGAACCUGCAGUGAAGAGGAAAGCGCCAAAGAAGGACAGUGAUGGAGGAGUCAAAAGAGAGGAAGAUGUUGAGGAAGAAAAGAUUCCAUGUAAACACAAGGGUAUAGGAGACAGUAGAUCAAAACCAGUCAGUGAGCUUAACAGAGUGGAUGAGAAAUCUGGGACUGAACUCUGCUCUUCGUCUGGGGGUCAAGCUAAAAAGCUACGGAUUGACACUCCAUCCACAUAGAACUUUUGUUUGGUUUAGGGUUUUUUUCUUUGUCUUAGGAAACUCGGUGCAAAAAAAAAACAGCAAUCCAAUCUCAGGCAGGUUCUUUAUCACACAUCUCCUCACAGCCAGGAUGUCUUAAACCUGGAUUUUACACUUUUACCUUUUUUUUCACUGGAAAAAGAAAUCAAACAAUUUCAGAAUUCUUGAGAUUUGGACACACAAUGUAACAUCUUCACCGAUGUGCUAUCACGUCUACUGACACAUCAAUGUACUGGUGAGGUCAGAAAACAUAAAACGUAAAAAAAAACCCAAAAAAAAAACAACGAAAUAAAAACUUUAAAAGGCUUCAAUAGCAGGAUGAUGCGGGUGGCAAAAUGUCUUCAGACAGCAGGAUGUACAGUAAAAGCUACAAACUUUAUAGCUAAAAGCUAUAAACUGUAAAGGAAACAGGCCAAAACAUCAUUAUUACCUCAUAAUGUUUUAUUUUAUUUUUAUUUUUUAUCUGCAAAUCAAAUAAAACAAAAUUGAAAACUUAAAAAUAGUAAAAUGUACCUAGGCUUAAUCUUCUAUUUGUAUUAUUGUAAUCUUAUAAGACAUAAUAGAUACGUUUUACUAGAUUGAAGAUAUCAUGGCUGAGGCAUCAUGUUAAGAUUGUAAUGUGAGCAUUAAAAAAAAAGGCUGUUAAGUUUUUUAAGCCUGCUCGCUGAUGCAGCUUUGGAUCAAGUGUAAAGUUUACUCUGACGUGUGAGGGAGUCUGAUCAGCCAUGUUUAAAUAACUAAACCCACAGCAUUCGCAGCGUUACAGCUCCCACUGCAGCCUCGCCCGAAAACAGCCGUGAUGUGCAGUAGUUUUAUUUAAUCUCAUUUUUAUUAUUAUUAUUUUUUUUUAUGCUGUACUUGUGUUCUGCCGUGUAGCAACAUGUUCACGUGAUCAAGGCUACUUAAGACUAUAGGAUAUUUAUGUUCCUACCACAGGGUUUUUCCUCGGUCAAAAUUGGUCUUCGGUGGUGGCGGCUGACCGACAUGGUCAUCCACACAAAGCGUAAUUUUAGUGUCAUUUUUAAAAUAAUAGUGUAAUUUUUUUUACCAUAUAAAAUGUAAUAAAAUUUGCAGCUAGCUAGCAACAGCUUGCUUUGUGCUUUGAUCUAGUUUCAUCUCACUCCAGUCUAAAAUAAAAAACCUUAAACUAAACGAUUUUAUAGGUAAUUUACUACACAUUGUCAUAGGCUUAUUCAGACUGUGCAUUAUUAAGGCUAAAUUUUACUAAACACUCUUGCUAAAUGGGGUAAGCACACUUUCUCAUUUCAGAUGUAAAUGUUCUUCUAAGAAGUAAUGAUUUGUUAUACACCGAUUCAGAUUCAUUAUAAUGAAUCGGCUCAAAGGAGUCAUUAGGUCGCAAAUCGGACUUUAGCGGACGUGUUGUGUGGGAAUCCUGGCUGUUAGGACAUCGCGAAAGCCUCUCCAAACAAACAAAAACAAACUCUCUCGUUCUCUCCCUCACUCCAUCAGUAGCCUGCUUUACUCACAAAACCCAAUUAUAGAUUGGGACAAAAAGUCGGAAUUCAUUCAGUCAUUUUUUUUUUUAAAACGUCUGCUUCCAAGCUACAAAGUAGGGAAAGACACAGACGCCUCCGUGUUUGUCUGUUAUUAGCAACAAGAGCGCCAGGAAAACCAACAAGGUCAUAAAUUUAACCAGUGAAUCAGCCUGUAUGUUGGUUGAUCCAAAACACAAUCGAUGUUCCUUGAUGAAUUCAGAAUUCCUACGUAAAAAUUCUUAGUUGAAAGGGUUUUUUUUUUAAAAUUUUUUUAUUUUUUAUAAGAGGUUGGGAAUCACGAGUUACGACCUCUAAUUAUAUACUGAAUUUGUAUGUGCAGCUUCUGAAAAGUAGAAAUCAGCCUGUGAGUGUGCUUGUGCCAGGACUGAUUUGAUCUCCCACUCCAGGAAUUACAGGGAUGUUACUUACUCUAAUAAACAUCAUUGAUCCUUAGCUGGAAUUAUGAGAUAGUGUGACAACAUUUACGCAAAAACAUAUGAAGUGCAAAUCUCUGUUAAUAUUACGAUAUUUAUGAAACUCAGCAAAAGCAAUAAUGAGCAACAGGUUUAAUCUCCACGUCCUCCGUAUUGGCUGUGUUUUGGUUUGUAUAGUUUACACCACUUUUAUUUCCAUGCUCCUGGUUCCUUCAUUAGGAUAAAACCACAAACCAGGAAUAAUAUUGUUAUUGUGUAAGAAAGUUCCAUAAAGCUCCUCAAGAGAUUCUUGACACAAAAUGUACCUGCUGAAAAUGAAAAACUUUGGAGGCCAGAUUUAAGGAUGUGUCCUGUGAUCCUAUUAUUGCGUGACAUGUGUGACGGUCUACACAAGCUUUUCUUGCACACCACACAAUAACCAGACUGCAUCAAGUCUGAAUUUCCUUCCAGUGACUGUUUACUAAAAAUAUUGUGAUUAGAUAGGAUCUUUUUUUUUUUUUUUUUUUUAUAACCAGCCACAAGUUUGGAAAUAAAUGUCUUUAAAAAAAAAAAGUCAAUUGAUGUCUUGGUUAGACUGAAUUGAAGUCUUUGUGUGUUUGCCUACGAAUUUAAUUUAGCAUAGAGAAUUUAAUCUGGCUGAAGUAAAACUCAACCACAAAACAGCCGUGUGAUUUCAAUCAAAACUAUUGUGAGCUGUUUUCAAGCUGUUUUUUAACAAAGGAAAAGGCGUGCAGCUUUUCCCAUUAUAGGCACACACACACGCACAAACACACACACAGCCAGUGUGGGGUCAGAUUGGCUGCAGUGCUGUCGAGCAGCGUGGCAGAUCUGAGUGUGUAGCUGGCUCCGUUUCACAGAAUUCAUGAUUGUUAGCUGCUGUGAUGAACGAUUACUGACAUGAAGAACACUUUGUCUGGAGAUUUCAUCACAAUGGGACAGCUUUUAUACUGUAAAAGAUCCAAAUUCCAUUAAAAUGUUUUUUGAUUUCA